AGAUCUUUUCCCCUUCUCCUUCGACACUCCACGACACCCACAAAAAUCCGAAGCACUCUUGGCCUUGCACCGGCGGAACAGAAACCAAAAUACUCCGAUCCACAACGACGACGACGACGACGACGACGACGACGGGAGCCAUGAUUUCUCGCAUCCUCGCAAAGCAAGCCCGCAAGGGCAGAACCUCCGGAAGGACGAUCGGAAGGAUCGGCGGCCCCCGCCGCUCCAAAUCGACCGUUUCCCUCCAGCUCGACUACUACAUGUCGCCCCAGUUCGCCGGAAUCGCCUGCGCCAUGGUCGACGGCCUGUACAACGACGCCGGGAUCGACCUCCGGUUCCUGCCCAUCUGCCCGGUGGGGCUCGAGCUGGAGCGCGUCCGGCAGCACCGCGACGCCCACCCCACCGACGACGCGGUGGUCGGCAGCGUGGAGCAAAACAUUUUUGCCCCGCUCCUCCACGAACGCCCGGAGCUGGGCGUGAAGGCCGUCGCCGCCAUGUUCCGGACCUCGCCCCUCUGCCUGGCCUCGGUCCGCGACGCCGACCGCGGGAGCGAGCAGUCUUCCGUGGUUGGGGCGCACGAGGACACCGUGUCGCUGCUGAACCGGAUUCUGGCCGGGGAGGGGAACCAGCGGGGCAACGCGUCCGUGGUGGCGAGCCCGCGCGCCAGCAAGAUCACGGACCUGUUGGAGGGCCGCCUGGACGCGAUCCAGGCCUACGCCACGACCGAGGUCCCGACGCUCGAACGCCGCCUCGGUAGUGCCGGCACCGUGACCUCCACACCGCUCGAGGGAUGGAACGGGACCAAGCUGGGAUACUCGCAGGUGUUGUUCGCACCGAGCGAGGACCUGCCCGCCGAGGAAAGCAGCGGCAAACGGGAGGUUCUACAGAGCUUUCUCGAUGCCACCUUUCGGGGCUGGGGAGCGGCGGUCCGGGACACCGAACACGCCGCGAGGAGCGUAGAAGAAGCCAGGGCCAUGCUGGGCCUGGACGACGAAAACAACGAUCACUGGGAUCCCUCCUUCGAAUACACGAUCCAGAACGUUGGGCUGUGCGGGGACUACGCAAAGGAAACCUUCCAGGGAGACCGAUACGGCGUCAUCAAUCCCAACCGGUGGAACGAAGCUACGGACUGGCUGCUCGGCGAAAACACCGUGGAACCCGGUUUCGGUCUCGACGCUACCGUGUGGCAGCCACCAGCCGAGCUUUUGGCGGGCAACGAGCUGGCGAGAACCACGCUUGAAGACGCGAAAGAAUCCGCGACCGCCUUUUACGCGAAACACGGGCGAAAGCCAUCGCUGGUGGUCAUCACGGUGGGGCAGCUGUCGAGGUAUACCCACGGGGACAGGCGCAUCAAAAUCUACAGCAACAAGAGAAACAGCUGGUUCAGCAAGACCUCGACUGGAGAGAACCACGGUUUCGACGUUCGGGAAAUCGAUCUCCCGGAGAGCACGACCACGGACGAGCUGUUGAGCGAGAUUUACAAGAGCAAGGACGUGGACGGAAUCCAGUUGAUGUGGCCCCUCCCGGAGCACAUCGAUUCGGCCCAAGCCUACAAUGCCAUCAGGGUCGACCAAGACGUCGACGGUGCACACUACAUCGGAGAGCUCGAAAAGGAUCCUGGUUCCUCUCCUCUGCCCCCGGUCACACCGGCGGCCACCAUAGCGUUGAUGGACAGAUACGGCAUCGAUCCAAAGGGGAAAAACGUACUCGUCAUUGGCCGAAGCCGCAUUGUCGGGUCUCCGGUGGCACACAUGCUGCGCGCUAAGGACGCCGUUGUGACGGUUGCACACUCCGGUGUUUCCAGAGACAAUCUAGAGUCUCUGGUGGGAUCGGCAGACAUUGUCGUGUCGUGCGUCGGUGAUCCCGGCAUAUUCGAAGCGCGCUGGCUGAAGGAAGGCGCCGAAGUGAUCAAUGUCGGAACCACUUUCAGCGAAGAGAAGGAUCGCCUACUUUCUGAUUUCGAGGGUGAUUUCUUGGCCAAAGCGAAGCGAUUCAGUCCUGUUCCGGGAGGAAUUGGUCCGAUCCCCGUGUCCCAGCUGUAUAAGAACGUUGCCCGCGCUGCAUGGGAACGAGCGGCAAAGACGGGAGAAGUAGAUGCGACAUGGGAAAAGAAGAGCGGAUCUCUGAACAGAUCGAUUCAUUUCAAAGACUACGACUCGGCUCUGGAGUUCGUAAGCAAGGUCAACGACAUGAGUUCCGAGAUGGAUCACCACGCCAACAUUUCGUUCACCCAUAAAUGUGUGGACGGUGUCGAUGUAAACAUGGAAUAUUUUUCUUUCGAGGCAAACGACGUCACGGACAAAGAUUAUGAAGCUGCUCGCAGAGUAAAUGGUAUUUUGUCGGAAGAGGUAAGAACCGAUCCAAACUAGUAGAAAGAAGAACCACGUACUAGCCAUACUGAAUAACCUCACUCUUGACUGUAAAAAUCCAAUUACAACUACUCGAUACUAUUCGUUAUAGAUUGCCGACGAAGAUUCCAAACACCAAAAAAUCAAAAUGAGUGAUUUCACCUAUGAUUUGCGAGACGAUGCGAUUGCCAAAUACCCCGCGGAUCCUAGAGGGAGUUCGCGUCUGCUCAAUGUGGACGAGAGUGGCAAUGUGAACUACUUUGACAAUUUUUCGGACUCGAUCUUACCGCUACUAGAAAACUCCCACCUCGUUUUCAACGAAAGCAAGGUCGUUAACGCCCGGUUGAGUGUCAACAGCGCCGAAGAUCCCAACAAAGUGGAAACCGAGAUGAUGGUUCUCGAUUUGGGCGACGUCCUUCAAAAGCCGUGUCAAGAUACAGCAUUGACCGUCAUGAUUCGGAAGGAAGGAGUUCAAGUCGGGGAUUUGUUUCACGUUCACGGCGAAGGCUCGAUUUCGUUUCGUGUUGAAAUGGUGAAGGGACCAUGGAUCGAAGACGAAAAGAGCAACGGAAACGGUACCGAGUGCGUGGUAAGGUGUUCGACCAAGGACGAUAGCAUCGCAAAUAUGUCAGAGCUAUUUCGAUCUGUCGGCUCCGUUCCAAUUCCACCGUAUUUGAACCGAGAAGCAGAAGCAUCCGACGAGAAUGCCUAUAACAAUGUUUAUGCAUCGGGCGAAGGUUCUGUGGCGGCUCCCACGGCGGGGCUACACUUUACCGAUCCCCUGCUCGCAGAGAUCGGUCAAGACAAUAUCAGCUAUCUUUCCUUGCACGUUGGGGCGGGGACAUUCAAGCCAGUCGUUGUCGAAGACGCCCGUGAUCAUGCAAUGCACGGCGAAAGCUUCGUGGUGUCGGUGGGCGAGCUCCAACGGAUCAUUGAGUCGCUGGAAUCCCAAAAACGCCUAGUUGUGGUCGGAACCACCAGUUCCCGGACCCUGGAAAGUCUUUACUGGUGUGGUGUCAAAAUGAUAUUGGAAGAGAAGAUGGGCGAUGACGACGCGACGGUGCUCGGCCAGCACGACUGGAAACACCUGGAAGCGAUCAUGGAACGAAAGGGAAUCAAAAUCACCAGCGCCGAUGCUUUGGCCGCUGUGAUUGGGGACAAAUCAUCGGAAGAUACCGUCACCGGUAGAACAAGUCUUAUGAUUGUUCCCGGAUACGACUUCAAGGUCGUGAGCAAUCUGAUUACAAACUUCCAUGCUCCGGAUUCGACUCUGAUGCUUCUGGUAUCGGCCUUCCUCGGAGACGGCAAGAAAGUACGCAGAUUGUACGAGAGCGCCCAGGAUCGCGGCUACAAAUUUCUCAGCUAUGGAGAUGCUUGCUUCUUUUCCCGUCCAAAAAAGUAACUUUUUAAGGCCAAUGCUUUGAUUAUACCAUCUUACUUCGUAGUACUAACUACGAAAUGUUAAUUUCUA